AUGGAUAACGAGAAAGACCACCAAAAUGUCAUUAAUCCAAGGUCUCUUGACACUCACUCCUGUCACUCCUCCAACUCAUUCCACCGAGAUAAUCCCUCAGACGAAGAAUCAACCAUCGGCGACUUAAACCACCAUGACCCCAAUACCCUAGCACAAGUCCCAACCAAUACGAGCAUUGCAGCACGUACACUAUCAGCAGUGCGAACACGAGAAUCAGGCAAAGAUCUCGGACCCCCACCCGAUGGGGGAUUCCAAGCAUGGAUGCAAGUGGCAUUAGGACAUAUGAUCAUCUUCAACACAUGGGGAUACAUCAACAGUUUCGGAGUAUUCCAAACAUACUACACCAACACACUAGGACGAUCACCAUCCGAUAUAUCCUGGGUUGGGAGUAUCCAGAUCUUCCUACUCUUCUUCAUCGGCACAUUUUCCGGCCGUGCGACAGAUGCAGGAUACUUCCGAAUCACAUUAACAAUCGGCGCGACACUGGAAGUCUUUUGUAUCUUCAUGACAUCUCUCUGCACAGAAUACUGGCAACUAUUCCUAGCGCAAGGUCUAGGACAAGGAAUUGGAUGUGGACUUAUGUUCUGUCCUACAUUAGCGUUAAUCGCAACCUAUUUCGAUAAACGGCGCGGAAUAGCAAUUGGACUUACAGCUUCUGGAUCAGCGACAGGUGGGCUCGUAUUUCCUGCAGUAGUACUUCGUCUCCUACCUCAAAUAGGGUAUGGAUGGACGAUGCGAGUACUGGGAUUUAUAAGUCUAGUCACCUUGAUUCCCUGCGUGAUAUUCUUCAAGCAACGAAUUCCGCCACGCACGAGUGGCCCACUUGUCGAAUGGGCAGCAUUUAAAGAACUCCCGUAUCUGCUCUUUGCGAUUGGGAUGUUUUUGAAUUUCUGGGGUCUUUACAUUGCGUUCUUCUAUAUUGGGAGUUUCAGCACCAAUAUUAUCGGGGCAUCAGAGAAUACAUCUGUAUACCUGUUGAUGGUGAUGAAUGGAGUUGGAUUAAUCGGACGAUUAGUUCCAAAUCUCAUGGCUGAUCAAUAUACCGGACCAUUGAAUCUUUUGAUUCCGUUUAGUUUUUCGACUGCCCUGGUUGCUUAUUGCUGGGCUGGGGUGAAGAGCAUGCAUGGACUCUGGGCAUUCGCUGCGUGCUAUGGUCUCUGUGCUGCUGGGAUUCAAUCAUUGUUUCCAGUUACACUGAGUAGCUUGACUACUGAUCUUAAGAAAACUGGUGUUCGUAUGGGCAUGGUGCUCAGUGUUGUGGCUGUUGCUGCGUUGAUUGGAUCACCUAUUGCUGGAGCGCUGGUGCCGAGUGAUGGAGGACAAUAUCUGUAUGCUCAGAUGUUCAUGGGAAGUGCUAUCAUUGCCGGGACCUUGACAUUGAUUGGGGCUCGAGUGUGUAAGGUUGGAGCAGGAAUUGCUCGUGUAUAA